UGAGAGGCUGCAAUCAGUUCUUAGACAAAGCAAAAAAAAAGUUCUUCCCGUCACUACAUGGCCAUGGAAUCUUUAUUGUACUGCUUCUUUCUCCUACCAUACACAGCCUUGUCAGAGCCAGCUAAACAUGUGACAGGAUCAGUAGGAGAUAGUGUGACCCUACCCUGCCAAUACUCUGUAACUGGAGGAACCACCACCAUGUGCUGGGGAUAUGGAACCUGCCCAUCUUCCAAAUGUAACAAUGCGAUCAUCUGGACCGAUGGCCAGAAAGUGACCUGGAGUAAAUCUGAGAGAUACCAGUUACUGGGGGACAUAACACAGGGGAAUGUGUCCAUGACUAUCAGCGGGAUAACUACUAGUGAUGCCGGAACAUACUGCUGCCGUGUGGAGAUCCCAGGAUGGUUCAAUGAUAUAAGCAAGGGGAUAACAGUGGAGAUACAGGAAGAUUCUACAGAGGUUGAUAAAAGUAAAGAAGAUGCUAAUAAAGAAAACAAUCAAACAAAGCACAUAGUGAGAGAGAACACAACAAUCUUCAGUGUCACACAAGUUACCAACAGUCCUGAUAUCACUACCAGAAGUUUCAAUUCAUUGACCUCAUACAGUAAACAGAGCCCAAAGGACAACCUUACACAUAUUUUUGUUGGAGUUGCCCUGCUGAUCCUAUUAAUCCUUCUCAUUUCCCUGACAACAUAUAUAUACAAAUAUAAAUGCAAAAGACUGAAGAAGAAUGAAACAUGCAGCUCAACGUUAAACAUUGGAAAUGUGGAGAGAGCAGGGAAUCACACUAUCGACAAUAUUUACACACUCUGAUGGAGUAACAUGAAACACUUGAAAAUGAUGAAUGGUUGACUUCUGU